GGUCGGGCUCAAGGAACCAUGACCCAAAUAGUUUUAUGCAAGUCAAAAUGUCAACCAUACGAAAAUUCCAAUUGCAGAGUAAUAUCUCCUGAAAAUUCCCCUUUUCAUUCCUCUGUUUUCUCCCUCUUGACUCAUUGGACAUAAUACAGGCUUCAUGAUUGACCCCUAAGAUCUAGUACUCUAUUAUGAAUUAUGAUCCUUCCAUUUAUUCCAAAACCGUCAAAUAUGAUCACGAUCCUCAAUCUUCUCGGUACGAAAUCAUCAAUCUUGUAAGGAUCUAUGUAUCUUGACACCAUUUACGUACAUGGAUUUCAAAGUUGUUUGCUUUUUCCAUGUUUUUGUGUAACUAGAUAGAUACAUUCUACAUUCCCAUUUGAAGGAAACAUGGAAAGUGGUUAUGCGCCCGUUCCCAAAGAAUCUUUUGUCGAAUUGCAAUUACAAGACAAUCAAAAUUACGGAUCUCAAAACCCUACAUUUUCCGAGAAAAAUACUUACCCCGAAUUCAUCCAUGAUGAGGAUGGAGAAGGGUUUGUAACACAUCGAAUUGAUUACUUAGAAACCGGUGUUCUUGAUGACGACAUCGAUAUCGAUUACGAUACCUCACACCUUACAGAAAAAUCCUCAAAUUCUGGGGUCUACGGCGCCGUAUUCAAUCUAACCACAACUGUAAUCGGCGCCGGAAUCAUGGCAUUACCCGCCACCAUGAAAGUUCUUGGUUUGGUUGUCGGAGUUAUUUUGAUUUUCGUAAUGGGUAUCCUCUCAGAAAUCAGCGUCGAAUUACUCGUUCGAUUCACUGUUCAAUGCAAAGCUUUAUCUUAUGGAGAAGUCGUUGAACAAGCAUUAGGUAAACCAGCUAAAAUCCUGUCAGAAAUCUGUAUCAUUCUCAACAACGCCGGCGUUCUAGUCGUUUAUCUAAUCAUCAUGGGCGACGUAAUGUCGGGUUCCCAAAAUCACGUCGGAGUAUUCGAUCAAUGGUUAGGCGAAGGCUUCUGGGAUCACAGAAAGCUACUCAUUUUAAUCGUUUUAAUCCUUUUUCUCACACCCCUUUGCGUAUUAGACAGAAUCGAUUCAUUAAGCCUAACUUCAGCUGCUUCAGUAGCAUUAGCAGUCGUCUUUGUAGUCGUUGCUUUUGGUGUCGCGUUUAUCAAACUCGUUAGAGGCGAAAUCGAACCUCCAAGAUUGACACCCGAUUUUGGAUCAAAAAAGGCAAUUCUUGAUUUACUAGUUGUGAUUCCAAUCAUGUCAAACGCAUUCGUUUGCCACUUCAAUUUACAACCCAUUUACAACGAACUUGAAGGGCGUUCACCUCAAAAGAUGAAUAGAAUUGGUCGAAUCACAACAGUGCUCUGUAUAUUAGUCUACUGUUCAACCGCCAUUUCAGGGUACCUUCUCUUCGGAAUCGAUACAGAAUCAGAUGUUCUUACGAAUUUCGAUAAGCCACUUGGGAAAGAAUUCAGUAACGCUAUAAAUUACAUAGUUCGUGUCGGAUAUAUUCUUCAUUUGGUUCUUGUUUUUCCGGUGAUUCAUUUUUCUUUGAGACAAACAGUGGAUGCAUUAGCUUUUGAAGGGUCAGCUCCUUUACAUGAAAGUAGAAAAAGGUGUUUGGGUUUGACAUUUACACUUUUGGCCCUUAUAUUUUUAGGGUCUACUUCGAUUCCAAGUAUUUGGACUGCGUUUAAGUUUACAGGGGCAACGACAGCUGUCUCUUUGGGGUAUACUUUUCCUGCUCUUAUUGCUCUUAAAUUAGGUGGUCAAGGGCAAGGGUUGACCAACCGGGAAAGGGUUUUUUCAUGUUUGAUGUUGUGUUUUGGGAUCAUGGUUAGUGUUGUUGGAGUUGUGACUAAUAUUUAUAGUAUGCAAAGCGAUUCUGAUUGAGUUGUUUUUUGGAGAAAUUAACGUUAACACUUGUGAUGAUGCUGGAUUUUGCUUCUAGAAGGAUGAUCUUUGGGCGGGAAAAGAUUGAUUAGGUUAUGGAUUAAGGAAUUGUAAUCAUCUUUGGUUACUCAAGACACCCCUUUUUUUUUCUGGGGUUAUUGUAAGUUUAUAAUACAUGAUAGUUGCUAAUCAUAAUACAUAAAUUCAGUAUUUUUAUGCU